AUGCAGUCGACGUCUAUAGAAAACGACUGUGGUGUGGUAUCGCAGUCAGCUGCUCCGUUUGUAACAUUGGCUAGAUGUUGGCAAUGUUUACCAGCUCGGAUCACUAAGGAUCAAGCUUUCGUCACGCUAGUUACCAGCGCUUUUCCAACUGUAAAGGAACAAGACAAACUCUACAAAGAGCUGGAAGAGGCAUCGUUUUUCGAUUGUUUUUCCUUAGAUGGCCCAUCCAAUCGUUGGAGUUGUUUCAGUUGCUCACAUCCUGACCGAGUAAAGCUUGCUACAGCUCAUCAUAGAGAUUCUUCCAGGUCGUUUGUCGAAGACGGUUCACAACGAGUUCUUGAAGGCCAACUCAAAGAGAAAAAAGGACGAUGGCGAUUCUUACGACGUUGGCAUACCAAGUAUUUCACGUUGUCUAGUGCUGCUCUAACGUGCAGUUCGGAACAGGCGCAAGGAACCCAACCAAUCACUUGUCUUUUAUUGCUUUUCUCUUUUAUGCUACCAUUGAAAGAAAAGGCUUCGCUCCAUUCCGCAUCUCAAAUUUGCGGAUUUCUUAAAGGUGGAAUUUUAUGA